GAAUUCAGUAUGCAAUAAGACUUCAAACGUAUUUUUUGGCGCGUUUUAGCAACAUUCUACUUGGCGAAUUUGUCUGAUUUGGUUGUUUAAUUGGCACUUGGAGAUUGGCUAAUAGUAUUUGUUAAAAAUGAAAUCACCAAAAUUAUAUGUAAUUAAACGAGAUGGGCGUAAAGAAGAUAUACACUUCGAUAAAAUCACUUCGCGUGUGCAAAAGCUGUGCUAUGGCCUCAACAUGGAUUUCGUUGACCCGGUGGCCAUUACAUUAAAGGUUAUAAAUGGCUUGUAUUGUGGGGUCACCACACAAGAGCUAGAUAACUUGGCUGCCGAAAUAGCGGCAAGUCUCACCACACAACAUGCCGACUACGCAACAUUGGCUGCACGCAUUGCUAUAUCAAAUUUGCAUAAAGAAACUAAAAAAGUAUUUUCCGACGUAAUAAGCGCGCUCUAUUUCCAUGUGAGCGCCGAAACGGGCUUACCAACCCCUAUAAUCUCGGAUUUUCAUUAUAAUGUUGUAAAGCAACAUGCAGAUCGCUUGAACUCCGCUAUAAUCUAUGACCGUGACUUUGGUUAUAAUUAUUUUGGUUUUAAAACACUCGAACGUUCGUAUUUGCUCAAGUUGAAUGGCAAAAUUGUUGAGCGUCCGCAACACAUGUUAAUGCGCGUUGCCAUCGGUAUACAUGGUGAAGAUAUUAAUGCCGCAAUUGAAACAUACAACUUGCUUUCUGAGCGUUAUUUUACACAUGCCUCACCAACGCUAUUCGCUGCUGCCACCAAGCAACCGCAAUUGUCAUCGUGCUUUCUGCUUACCAUGGUGGACGAUUCAAUUGACGGUAUUUUCACAUCGGCACAUCACUGUGCAUUGAUCUCCAAGUCUGCUGGCGGUAUUGGUUUGAAUGUGCAUUGCAUACGCGCGAAAGGCACAGCAAUUGCGGGCACAAAUGGCACUUCCAAUGGUUUGGUGCCAAUGCUCAGAGUGUUCAAUAAUGUAGCGCGGUAUGUUGAUCAAGGUGGCGGUAAGCGUCCCGGCGCCUUCGCCAUCUAUCUGGAACCAUGGCAUGCGGACGUUUUCGAGUUUUUGGAUUUGAAGAAAAAUACUGGCAAAGAAGAGCAUCGCGCAAGAGAUUUAUUCUAUGCCUUGUGGAUACCGGAUCUAUUUAUGCGACGUGUCGAAGCCGAUGAAGACUGGUCGCUAAUGUGUCCACAUAAGUGUCCGGGUUUACAUGAAGUAUGGGGUGAAGAGUUCGAGAAAUUAUAUGAGAAAUAUGAACAAGAAGGACGUGCUAAUAAGAAGGUUAAAGCACAAAGUCUUUGGUUUGCCAUUAUUGAAUCGCAGGUAGAGACCGGCACACCGUACAUGUUGUAUAAAGAUGCUUGCAAUAGAAAGAGUAAUCAGCAGAAUAUUGGCACGAUUAAAUGUAGUAAUUUAUGUACCGAAAUUGUUGAAUAUUCCGCACCCGAUGAGGUAGCCGUUUGCAAUUUAGCCUCAAUAGCAUUGAACAUGUAUGUCACACCAGAUAAAACGUAUGACUUCAAGCGUCUUAAAGAAGUCACAAAAAUUGUUACGCGUAAUUUGAACAAAAUCAUAGACGUCAAUCAUUAUCCCUUACCGGAGGCCAAGAAAUCGAAUUUGCGACAUCGUCCCAUUGGUAUUGGCAUACAAGGUUUUGCCGACGCCUUAAUUUUAAUGCGUUUUCCAUACGAAAGUGAUGAGGCAUACUUGUUGAAUCAACAAAUAUUUGAAACUAUUUACUAUGGCGCAUUGGAAGCCAGUUGUGAAUUGGCUGAAAAAUAUGGCACUUACGAGACAUAUGAAGGUUCACCAGUCAGCAAGGGUAUACUACAAUAUGACAUGUGGGAUAAAACGCCAACUGAUCUCUGGAACUGGACCGAAUUGAAGGAGAAAAUAAAGCAACAUGGUGUACGCAAUUCUUUGCUGCUUGCGCCGAUGCCAACUGCUUCUACCGCACAAAUUAUGGGCAAUAAUGAGUCGUUUGAACCGUACACUUCAAAUAUUUAUACACGUCGUGUGCUUUCGGGUGAAUUCCAAGUUGUGAAUCAUCACUUGUUACGCGAUCUAACCGAGUUGGGUUUGUGGGAUGAUGAUAUGAAAAAUACUAUUAUAACACAUCGUGGUUCUAUACAAAACAUUGAAACCAUACCGAAACAUAUACGCGAUCUGUACAAGACUGUUUGGGAGAUUUCAGUGAAAACCUCCAUCAAAAUGGCCGCAGAUCGUGGCGCAUUCAUCGAUCAAAGCCAAUCGUUCAAUAUACACGUGGCCGAGCCCAACUAUGGCAAGCUUACCUCUAUACACUUUUAUGGUUGGAAAGCAGGACUCAAAACGGGCAUGUAUUACUUACGUACGAAGCCAGCAGCAAAUGCUAUACAAUUCACAGUUGACAAAAGUCGCAAGGAGUUGAAUGGUGAGGUUAAACCUCAAACACCAGCAGAUGAAGCUGGUUCACCAAAUCGCAGUCAAAAUUUAGCUGAUAUGGUUUGCUCAUUGGAAAACAAAGACGCCUGUAUGUCGUGUGGUUCAUAAAUUAUUUCCUUAUUUAUAUUAAUAUAAAAGAAUCUUGUGCUUGUAUUAUUUAGUUCUGAAUGUUUUGAAAGUUUCGAAAUAAAUAUUUAGUGUUAAGUAUUAAUUAUUAAA